UACAAUUCCCGUCAAGGCCUCUACAGUCAUAUAUAGUUUGUUGAGUGAAAAAAAAACUCGGUUAGUCAAACGUGCAAUAGAAAAAUGCAAAAUAAAUCAAAUUCUCAUAUUAUUCAAACUAAAUCAGAGAACAAUGGAAAUAAUAUAAAAUCGGCAAAUAUGAGUAAAGCAGAGGAACAAGCGGGACCUUCGAAACCAUCGGGUUCUGCAACGGAGGAAAAGGAGAAAGAUGAUCGAACAUUCGAAUGUAAUAUUUGUCUCGAUACUGCAAAAGAUGCAGUAGUUAGUAUGUGUGGCCACUUAUUUUGCUGGCCUUGUCUUCAUCAGUGGCUCGAAACUCGUCCUACGAAACAAGUUUGUCCCGUAUGCAAAGCUGCAAUCAGUAAAGAAAAAGUUAUUCCACUCUAUGGAAGAGGAACAACGAAACAAGAAGAUCCAAGAAAUAAUGUACCCCCACGUCCCGCUGGACAAAGAUCGGAACCGGAAGCUAAUGUUGGAUUUCCGGGUUUCGGCUUCGGUGAUAGUGGUUUUCACAUGUCCUUUGGAAUCGGCGCCUUUCCAUUUGGAUUUUUUACUUCCACGUUCAAUAUGGGAGACGCACGACCAAGUACCGCACCACGAGGCACGCCACAAUUUGAGGAGGAACAAUUUUUAUCGAGGGUAUUCCUCUGGUUGGCUGUAAUGUUCAUCAUUUGGCUGCUCCUGGCGUAACAUUAUUUACACCAAAAGAAGUUAUAAAUUUAAGAGCAGAACACUCGAAUACAGGAUAUAUCGCCGGCCACGUGACACAUUUCUAAAGAUGCCAAUUAAUCUCUUUAUUAUAUGAUAUUUCACUGGAUUAAAUUUCAAGUUUUGCGAGGAUUAAGGGAUAAAUUUUCAAAUUAUUUCUGCAAAACAAAUCGUGUCUUAAUGGACAAUUAAUUGAUUAAUUAAAUUAUUAAUUAUUAAAGGGAAAUUGAAGGAUUAAUUAAUUUUUAAUUAUUAAUUAAUUAACCCCCGUGGCAACAGUAGAAUGGUUAAUUCUAGCUAUGGACAAAGACCCCGCAGUUAAAAUAUAUAAAUUUUCAACUUUUUAAAUAUUUUUCCCGUUAGCCAUGGUUUGCUAGAUUUUAGUUUAAACUUUAAAAUAUAUAAAUUUUCGGUUUUUUUUUAAAUAUUUUUGUUAACAGAGACUCAGAAUCUGUUAACUUUAGAUAAAGUCUUUGACCAUUAUUUAGCUAGAAUUUACCAUUUUUCCAUUUGCACUUGGGAAUUAAUUAAUAAUCAACUGGGAAUAUCCGAAAAGUUACUUUAAAAAAAUAGUUCCCUCAAAAAAUUUCCCUUUAAUUUAAAUUAAAGGAUGUUUUUAAUAAAAAAUCUUCGCAAAACAAAAAAACAAUGUGAUAUCAUUUUACUCAAUUUUACGAAAUAUUUUCUGUCUUUUUUUUGCCACGAGCAUAAUAUACAAUCUGAUGAUUAACGUUUAAUGGUUUUGGAGGUAACGAUAAUUAUAUGUACAUAAAUUUAAAGAAAAACCAAUUAUCUAGAUAAGCUGAUUGUUGUAAUGAAAAAAAAAAAUUAGAAUAUUUUAAUCGCUAAAUUGAAUUAAUGAUCAUUGCUUAGUUAUGAGAGAGAGAGAAGAAACAAAAGUCAAAAGUAUUCUUUCAACGAAUAAAACUUAGACUUUCAAAAUGUAUAUAAAUUAGUUUUUAAGAAAAAAAAUAUAAACCUAUAUUAUUUCCGAUAUUAAAAAAAACACAAAAAAUUGUAUAUCAAAAAUAAAAAUUUGUGUACGUUAACAAUGAUUAGUCAUCAGUAUUGCUUGAAAUUGAUUUUACAAAGAAAUUUCUAAUUAUAGAUAAUUAAUUUUGAGAAAUACUGAUUAAAAGAAUUACGAAAAAAGAAAAAAAACGAAAAGUAAGAUAAUAUGUAAUAAGCAGUUUUAUCUUUCAACAUUGUAAUUUAAUUUAUUUUUACAAAAAGAAAAAAAAAAGAAAGGAACUCAUAGAGAAAGAAUCGACAAAAAAAGGAGUUGAAAAGAGAUCUUAACAAGUUAAAAAAAACGAUGUUUACAAAUUUCUCUUAUAAAACCAUAAUUUAAAAAAAUUAUGAUUUAUUAUUUUUUUGAUUUCAAUGAAUUUAUAUGAAAUGAUUAUUAUUUUCGUUAUUGGGCUUAUUUUUUAAGUAACUUUAAAUUUAACAUUCCAUUUUCUCUAAGUUGACGUUUUAUUUUAUUAAUUUGAUAUUAUGUUAAAAUGGAACGAAUAAUUCAGAUCUUUAAGAUCAUUUCAUUAUUAUAUAGACACAUGACGAAACAAGACUGGUUUUUUUUUUUUUUUUUUGCAAACAAUUUAUAACAAACGAUGUCUGUAAUUUUUUUUUUGUGGUUGAACAAUUGUAAUCGUAACGAUGAAGAAUAAAAUAAAUUGCAUUUAACAUAU